AUGGAUGAUGAUUUCGUUCAAGAUAUUCCGGGGAACGAUAAAAAGAGAAGGAAGGAAGUCAUAAAUGAGUAUUCCAGUGAAAGUGAAAGUGAAGAAGAAAAGGAAGUGAAAGUGGAAGUGGAAGAAGAAGAGAAAGAUGAUGAUUCUGAUAUGUUUGCAAGUGAUGAAGAGCCUGACAAACCUGCACCUACAGAAGACAAGAAGAAAAAGAAGAACAAUAGACUUGACAUGAAUGAGUUCGAGAAGGAGAUGGAUAUUGAAAGCAAGUAUGUUGAUCAAGAGGUCGAAGUGUAUGAUAAUUACGACGAAGUUCAAGAUUACUAUAAUAAUGUAGAAGACUUUGAUGGUCAACAGAGGACUAAGUUCGAACCCAAGAUCGAUUCCUUCGACUUAAGGAAAGAAGAGGACGAGGGAUUCUUCGAUGAAGAUGGAAAUUUCGUUCGAAACAAGGAGGAAGAACGUGAUGAAGCUUGGUUGAAUGAUGUUAGUAGAGAACAAAUACAGAAGGCUAAAGCUGCAGAAUUGGAACGACAGAGGAAGAUCCAAACGCUAGAAAAUAAGCCAACAGAAACAAUGACAGAGUUGUUAUUCAAGUUAAUAUCGAUCCUCGAUCCAGAUGAAACACCUAUGGAAGCUUUAACGAGGUUUGCACCCAAACGGAAAGGUAAGAAAAAGGUAGUGGAUCUUCAAGAUAAAGAUCGGAAAAUCAAAGUGAUCAUGAUAACAGAUGUUUGUGAUAAGCUCAUGAAUCAAAAAGGGAUUCUGGAUGUAUAUGAACUUGUUAGGGAAGAAUUGAUGAGAUUUUAUAGAACUGAAACUGGAGAAGACUUCAAAGCCAUACGUGGAACUAAAAGACAAUUAGAAGAUGCUGAAAUAGAAGAAUCAGAAAUACCGGAAUCAGAAAUACCAGAAUCAGAAAUACCAGAAUCAGAACAACCAGAAUCAGAAGAGAAAAUCUACGAGUUCAAAUGGGAAGGUCAAGAUGAAAUUAACGGACCUUACUCCGAAUACGAAAUAAGGUAUUGGAAAGAUAACUAUUUUGAAGAUAAUGCAUAUGUAAGAAAAAUUAACGAAGAAUUUAUUCACAUCAGUGAAUUCUAA